AUGUGUUUUAAAUACCUAGUCUUUUUCUUUUUAGCUUUAUUAAUUAGCUUAUCACUUGCAAAUCAAAACUCUGGAUGCCACACAAACUGUAACCUCGACUUUGACAACUGUUAUGAUUCAUACAGCCAAAAUCCAUCAAAUAACUUGUACUCCUGUAUUAGCCAAUGGCAAAGAUGCUUUAAUAAUUGUGAAAGCAACAACCAAUAUUAA